AUGAAGACAGGUUGGAGAACAUACCGUAGACCAGACGAGAAGUCAGGAGGGCAUGGCGUUGGCUGGAGUCCUAUUAUCCCUUACGCCUUCUCUGUUCCUCAAGAUUGGAAUGAGGUACCUGUAUCGAUCGCUGAUCUUGGUGGCACCGAGAUUGACCUGAGAUUUGCUAGUCCUAAAGAAGGCCGCUUGUCUGUUAUUGUCGCUCCCGUUCUAAGAUUCGCAGAUAAUCUUGGGGAUGACGUUAAGAUUGAAAAUAUUGGACCACCAGCGAAGGUGAUCAACGCGUUUGGACCAGAAGUUAUUGGAGAAAACGUUGAAGGGAAAGUGUUGAGUUCAAAUGUAGCAGAACACGAGGGUAGGCUCUAUUACCAGUUCGAGCUAGAGCCGCCUCAUGUACUGAUCACCGCAACAGCUGCCGGAAACCGCCUUUACUUGUUCAGUGUCACCGGAAACGGGCUUCAAUGGAAGAGAUACUACAAGGAUCUCAAGAGGAUAGCCACUUCGUUCCGUGUUGUUUAA